AUGACCAUUGUUCAAGAUCCACAUAUCGUUGCCUUGUACAAAAAAAUACACGAAAAUCCAGAGUACUUAAAUGUCCCCCGUGAGAUGACAUUUGUGGAGUCACCUCUUCAUACUGCUGCUUCAGAAGGUAAUACCGGCCUUGCUCUUGAAAUCUCGAGGCUAAAGCCUUCGCCGGGGAAGAAAUUAAACCUUAGUGGUCCUAGUCCACUACACCUGGCUUUGGGUAAGGGACACACCAAUACUGUGAGACGACUUGUCAAGCAUGAUCCAGAGCUCAUUUGUGUCCCUGGGAGGGAAGGGAUCACUCUUCUGCAUUAUGCAGUGGAAAAAAAAGGACAUUGA